GUCGUGCUUGGGAAAUGGCAGAGGGAGUGAAGGCGGAGUUAGGCUCCUAUGGGUGCAGCUAUCAGCUAGCGGAUAUGGUCAGGCAAAGCAAGAUAGCAGAACUGCAAGCCUUCCAGCGCUCUUUUCAGUUACAGAGCACUUCUGUCGACUCUGUCCUCAUGGGGGAGAGCCGUGAAGGACUUGCCCCUUUCCAGCAAAACGCUUCCACUGCAGAGGAGCAAUAUUGCCCCUCCCAUGACAUGGCAGAGCUGGAAGGCAGCCGCCCCCUUGGCAUUGAGGAUGCAGGCAAGCGGAAGAAGAAGAAAAGGAGGACACGUGCCACUGACAGUUUCACAGGAAAUUUCAAUGACCUGUACACUCUCACAGAAGAGCUUCUGGGACAAGGGGCGUAUGCCAGAGUCCAAGGCUGCAUAAGUCUGCAAAAUGGGAAUGAAUACGCUGUGAAGAUUAUAGAGAAGAAUACAGGCCACAGCCGAAACCGUGUGUUCAGGGAGGUGGAGACACUCUACCAGUGCCAGGGAAACAAGUAUAUUUUGGAGCUAAUAGAAUUUUUUGAAGAUGAUGCCCGCUUCUAUUUAGUAUUUGAGAAGUUACGAGGAGGCUCCAUUCUGACUCACAUCCAGAGUCGCAAACACUUUGAUGAGCUGGAGGCCAGUCGUGUGGUCAUGAACAUUGCCAAGGCACUCAACUUCCUCCACACUAAGGGUAUUGCCCACCGGGACCUCAAGCCUGAAAAUAUUCUGUGUGAAUUUGCCGACCAGGUGUCUCCAGUGAAGAUCUGUGACUUCGACCUGGGGAGUGGCGUGAAGCUGAGCAGUGCCUGCACACCCAUCACUACACCGGAGCUCACCACACCGUGCGGCUCGGCGGAGUACAUGGCCCCCGAGGUGGUGGAGGUGUUCACGGAUGAAGCCACCUUCUAUGACAAACGCUGCGACCUGUGGAGCCUGGGGGUCAUCCUCUACAUCAUGCUGAGCGGGUACCCGCCCUUCACUGGCCACUGUGGGACAGACUGCGGCUGGGAGCGUGGGGAAACCUGCCGUGCCUGCCAGAGCAACCUGUUUGAAAGCAUUCAGGGGGGGAAGUACGAGUUUCCCGAGAAGGAUUGGGCCCACAUCUCUCAGGAUGCCAAAGACCUCAUCUCCAAGCUGCUGGUGCGUGAUGCCACCCUGAGGCUCAGCGCUGCUCAGGUCCUGCAGCACCCGUGGGUGCAGGGGAAUGCUCCGGAGCGAGGUCUCCCCACCCCACACGUUCUACAAAGGAACAGCAGCACCAAGGACUUGACGCAAUUCGCCGCCGACGCCAUUGCCUUCAACCGCCAGCUGUCCCAGCAUGACGAGGUGCAGGAGGACAUCACGGCCAUUGCCUGCUCCAUGAGGCUGUCUCCCCCCUCCAACUCGCGCCUCGCCCGCCGGCGGGCCCAGACCCACGCCCUGCGUGCAGGCACAUUCCAGCCCACCACCGAGGGCCCCAUGGCCUGCUUCAAUGCAUGCUGACCCCACCAAACCCACCAGGACCGUUCCACUGUCUGGGUCUGCUGCCUUUAGGGUUCCUCUUUUGGAUCCUCAACGAGGUGACUCCACAUAAAUGCUGCACAGCGGUGCAAGAUUUUUGAGCUGACACCUGGCUUCUCCAGCAGACUAUGUAGUGCAGGUGAUUAUGUGCCCUAUGAGACUGUCCAGUGGGGGUGGCUGCAUGAAGUGUCUCUUGAGAAUGGAGUAGACGAUUCAGAGUGGAAAUGGGAGAGGAGCAGUGCAUUUUUCAGAGUGUAGUAGCAGUUUUGCUGUCCACAUCAGUUGGGUUUUAAUGAUAGGAUCGCUUUCCCAGUCAAAGGAAUCAGACAGACAGUUCACCCUUGAAGGAGAACUAACCAACGUCAUGUACACGAGUAUUGAUGAACUAAUGUAGGGGAAAUUAACACCAACUCUGUUUUAAGUUACAUUAUUAUUUUCUUCAGUUCGUCUUAAUUUAUUGUCCUCCUUAGAGACAUUGGAUAUCAUUAGUUCGACUAAAAUGAGUAAUUUUAUAGCUUUCAUCAUGCUUUUUAUGAUUUUAUAUUGCCUAUCUGAGCUAUAGGAGGAAAAAGGGGUGCGGUGCAAAUAGGACAGUACAGACAGGGUACUGACGUGUAUGCACAGCAACAGCAAGGAGCAUUCUGCUCACAGGCCCUCGCAUGCGCUGACAGUUUCAGAAGAGUGGCAGUUUGCAUCUUAACCUACCUAGUCCCGAGGAUGAAAUAAAUACUUAAACAUACAGUCUUUUUGUUUACUGUGGGCAAAGUGGAGGCAGCAGCAGUCAAUGCUGGACAAUCCUUUGCUUGAUGAGAAAUACAAAACGGUUAUGACAAGCAUUGUUUUAACUUUGAGGGGAGAAGUCCGCAGGUGACCUGUUUUUAACAUCCCUACAAGUCAGUAUUUUAUUUAAGCACUUUGUUGUCUUUUUUAGUGUUGAGGUGUUGAAAUCAGAAAUGAGGUCACGUUCCUCAAUACAGACCAUCACAUACAUCAGGUACAGAAUACAAGCGGUCAAGUGAAUAUGAUAAUUAAUGUUGUUUUACUGGGAAGAAUAUAAGAUGACCUCAACUGUCACUGGUAUUCUGAAAUUUAAUUUUU